GAGACGCGCAGUGACUUUGAGUGAGGCAUUAGGAACGCCGCCGCCGAGUAACACGCUCCGCCAGCAUGUCGACGCUACGCGCUUGUGGGCCAAGCGACUGACUCACAGCCAACGGCGAACGCACGACGCUCGCGACCCUACAACGGCGCUGGCUACAGCUAAGCUCAGUACAAUUCAGAUCACUACGCUUCAGUUCAGUUCAGUUCAGCUCCGCUAUGCUUGGUGCGCGCUUCACUCGUGUGCGUUUCAAGCUCACGCGCGCUUGUCAAACCGUUAGCCUAGUUCGAUGGCUUAGCGCUUAGAUAACGUUUUCGCAGUAAUCAGUAAUAGAAAUACAUAACUCGCAGAAUUGAGGUGUUGCGUACACCGCUACUCCACGCUUUAUCGUCUUAGUGUUCUAAUCAGCUCCAACGGUGUGUCAAUGUUGUCGCCGUGCAAAGCGCCUUGGUGUCGCCUCGCCAUUUGGCUCAUAGUCGGUUUCAUUGUGCUGCUCUUGCUGUUGGUGCUCAUUGCGCUGACCAUCUUCGGCAGUCAUCCGUGCGCAGGCGCUCUAGAUGGUUGCGACGCGUUCAAAUCCAUUUGCGCUUCUUAUAACGGUGAUCAUCAGUUCUUCUAUAGCCAAUGUGAUAUGUUGCGCGAGAACUGUCUGACCGGCAGCGAUUGGCAACGCGAUCACUACAAUCAUUGCAAUGUGAAUAAUUAGUUGAAAAGGCGUGUUCGUUUUUUUGGCUUCAAUAUCAAUUUCAAUUGAAUAUCAAACCACGCUUUUUGCUGGACGCAUUACAUUUGAUUUAUAUUUCACUUGAAAAUAAGUUGUUUAAUAAUUAUGUGAACUUUAUAAGUUUUUAAAACAAAAAACCAAUGUGCUCAUUCCAAAGACUAUACUUUGUUUAGCCGAUAAGAUUAUGAAUAUACCUACAUAUAUAUACAUAUUUAUUAAUUUAAUUGUAGCUAGUUAUUUUAUUCAUUAAUUAUUAAAAUUUAUGAUUUUAGAAAUUAAAUUAGAAAUACCAAAA